AUGGUCCUCGAAAACCUUUACCUAUUUCUCCGCGGGAGCAAUGUUGACGGCAUUAUCGAUUCACGCCAAGACCACGGCGGAACCGAUGUUCCUAGCUACCUCACGAGCGGCAAUGUAACAGUCCUCAAGAUCACAUCGUUGACUUGCUCGGCCGUCAGCGUUGUGUCUGCCUUGCUAGCCUUUUACUGGUUUACGCGCAUGAGGAGAAGCUUCCGUCAUGACAAGCGGGUUUUUCUCACCAUCGGCAUCGAGGCUUCGGAUGUCGCCGUGCUGCUUAUCGCCAUCCACACCGCUCUCUACAUUUUCCGACCGAAGCGCGCGAACGGGGAAUACGGACUGUUUCCUUAUCGUCGAUAUGCCUACGCCGCCUUCUUUUGCUUCCCCAUUCUCAUGGCGAGCCUUGCGUUCCUGAACAAACCCUAUGGCUACGUUAACCUCGGGGAGCAGUGCUACUUGCCCCUCCAGCCCUCCUGGCCGCGAACCGUAUUAAGCUGGGUUCCGCGCUAUGUCAUCUUUCUUACUAUCCUCAGCAUCUACCUGUGCAUCUAUCUUUACGUCUCGUUACUCAUGCGGCGGUUCGGUCGAGCCGACCUGACACGCACCCAACAGCCCGGCGGUUUGGCGCAUUUGGGCGAGCCGCAAUCCGACGCGGCCCCAACAGCGCCACCGACCAUCUACCAGGUCUCGCUACCCUCCUCGGUCAAGUUUGACUUUGGCCGGGUGCAAUACGGGACCACACCUCAGCGAGGCCCGUUCCCGAUCAAGUGGAAGUGGCCAAGCGCAAACUCUGCCGUUGCCGAUGCACGACCAACUCCUCAUCCCGAGCAUAAUUUGUCGGAUAUAGAGUCCAUCUCGCCCACCACGAUUGACCCCGAAGCCCAGCUCGUGCAGCCCAUGGAGCUCGGUGCCAUGCCGUCCCGCGAUGACGGUAGCGGAGAGGUGUCGCCACUCUCGAACGUGGGCGCCGGGGAUAUCUCUGACAGCAAAUCAAACACGCCAGUCACGUUUCCCCUCCGGCUGGCGUCUGCGGGAACCAUCUCGCCUCCCUGCCGUGAGCGCGAUUGCCCCGGUCGCUCUUCCUAUAGCUCCACCACAUCUUCGGCAAACCUCUUCAUCGACACUGACCGUGACCUUUCUGGGAUGGCAAAGACGCGGGAAAAGAUACGCCAUCAACUCCGGCUCCUGUUCAUCUACCCUCUCGUAUACAUGGUUGUGUGGCUUGUCCCCUUUAUCUCGCACAUCCUUACCUGGGGCGAAGACGACGACUCGAUGCCCUUUGUCGUCCUGAUCCUCGGCCUCGCAAGCUUGUGUAUCCAGGGUGCCGUCAAUUCCAUGCUCUUCUCGAUCCGGGAGAAGCCGUGGAGACAUGCCCGCCGAACCCGGGUUACGGGCUCAGGGACUUCGUCCUGGAAGUUCAAGGGCUCCCAUCGGACGAGGCAACCGACCGUAGGCCGGACUCGCGAAGAGAUGAUGGUAGAUGGGCGAAUCGCACGAUUGCGGCUCGAUUACGAAAUCGCCGAGAGAAGACUCAAAAACCCGCUCAACCGACGCAGCCGCCAAUGGUGGGACUCUGUUGAUCUCGAGGCGAUGAGGGCGGGCACCGAUGAGGAAGCCCUGAUUAGGAGGUGA